AUGUCCAUUCCUUCAAAUUUAGUUCCCAAAACUUCUGACAGUUGUUCCAUUAAAACAAGUAAGGGAACACUUCUUGUUGAAUUAUGGACUAAUGAAUGCCCAAGUACCGUUGAUGCUUUUAUAGAAUGCUGUAAGGACCAUACAUUUGUUGAUAAAUUUUUCUACUGGAAUGAUGACGCCAGCUAUCCCUGUAUAAUUCUAGAUUAUCAAUUAAACAGUAAAAUUGCUCCAAUCCCAUCUGAAUAUCAUUCAAGAUUAGCUUUUUCUACAGACGGAAUUUUAGGAUGGGACACUCAGAAACAAACCUGGUUUAUUACCAGUGAACAAUGGCUUACUACUAAUAAAGAUAAUAAUGUGUUUGGAAAAGUUGUGGGAGAUUCGAGAUAUGUUUUAAGAGAUAUCAUCAAAGGUGAAAAAGAUCCAGAUGACAAUUCACAAUAUCUUUUCCCACCUAUUAUCCAGUCUAUUGAGAUUUUAUCUAGAAAUGUAGACACUCCCAAGACAAUUGAAUCUAUCAAGCUGGCACCAAAGAAGCAUACUCAGAAUGUAAAAUUACAUUUUAAUACAGAAGAUGAAAAUGAUGAUGAACAAGACACAUUACCAAUAUUAACUGGAAAUAAAAGAAAUUACCUUACAGAAGAGGGUAACGAUAUCCUCAAUCAGACUCCAAAGAAAAUGAAAAUAAAACUUCAUAAAAGUAUUACAGGGAAUACGUCAUCAGGGCUCUCAAAAAAAAACCUGAUCUUGAUGACCAUUUUUCUCAUUAUGACGAAGGAGAAAAUGUUGCAUCUGAAUCUUUAA